AUGUCGAACCCUGAGAUGGGAUGGGUGCCUGAGCCCCCAGCCAUGACACUGGGGGCCUCGAGGGUGGAGCUGCGGGUGUCUUGCCAUGGCCUCUUGGACCGAGACACACUCACCAAGCCCCACCCCUGCGUGCUGCUCAAGCUCUACUCUGAUGAGCAGUGGUUGGAGGUGGAGCGCACAGAGGUGCUGCGCUCCUGCUCUAGCCCCGUCUUCUCCCGGGUGCUGGCCCUCGAGUACUUUUUUGAGGAAAAGCAGCCCCUGCAGUUCCACGUAUAUGACGCUGAGGAUGGAGCCACCAGCCCCCGGAAUGACACCUUCCUCGGCUCUACGGAGUGCACCUUGGGCCAGAUUGUGUCACAAACCAAGGUCACUAAGCCAUUACUGCUGAAGAAUGGGAAGACAGCGGGCAAGUCCACCAUCACGAUUGUGGCCGAGGAGGUGUCUGGCACCAAUGACUAUGUGCAACUCAGCUUCAGAGCCCAUAAGCUGGACAACAAGGAUCUGUUCAGCAAGUCUGACCCUUUCAUGGAGAUCUAUAAAACCAAUGGAGAUCAGAAUGACCAGCUGGUCUGGAGGACUGAGGUGGUGAAGAACAACCUGAACCCCAGUUGGGAGCCCUUCCGCCUGUCCCUACACUCCCUAUGCAGCUGUGAUGUCCACCGGCCUCUCAAGUUCCUGGUGUAUGACUAUGACUCCAGUGGGAAGCAUGACUUCAUCGGCGAGUUCACCAGUAGCUUCCAGGAGAUGCAGGAAGGGACAGCAAAACCUGGGCAGGAGAUGCAGUGGGACUGUAUCAACCCCAAGUACCGGGACAAGAAGAAGAAUUACAAGAGCUCAGGAACCGUAGUGCUGGCCCAGUGCACGGUGGAGAAGGUACACACCUUCCUGGACUACAUAAUGGGCGGCUGCCAGAUCAGCUUCACGGUGGCCAUUGACUUCACCGCCUCCAAUGGGGACCCAAGGAGCAGCCAGUCCCUACACUGCCUCAGCCCCCGCCAGCCCAACCACUACCUGCAGGCCUUGCGUGCUGUUGGAGGUAUCUGCCAGGACUAUGACAGUGAUAAACGGUUCCCAGCAUUUGGCUUUGGGGCUCGAAUCCCCCCCAACUUCGAGGUGUCCCAUGACUUUGCUAUCAACUUUGACCCAGAAAAUCCUGAAUGUGAAGAGAUCUCGGGGGUCAUCAUUUCCUACCGUCGCUGCCUGCCCCAGAUCCAGCUCUAUGGUCCCACCAAUGUGGCUCCUAUCAUCAACCGCGUGGCUGAGCCAGCCCAGCGGGAGCAGAGCACUGGCCAAGCCACGAAGUACUCAGUGCUGCUUGUGCUCACGGAUGGCGUGGUGAGCGACAUGGCCGAGACCCGCGCUGCCAUCGUGCACGCUUCCCGCCUUCCCAUGUCCAUCAUCAUCGUGGGAGUGGGCAAUGCUGACUUCUCGGACAUGCGGCUGCUGGACGGCGACGACGGUCCCUUGCGCUGCCCCCGAGGGGUGCCCGCGGCCCGUGACAUCGUCCAGUUCGUGCCCUUCAGGGACUUCAAGGAUGCCCCACCCUCCGCGCUAGCUAAGUGCGUCCUGGCAGAGGUGCCGCGGCAGGUGGUGGAGUACUACGCCAGCCAGGGCAUCAGUCCUGGGGCUCCCAGGCCCUGCACACCGGCCAAGACCUCCAGCCCUAGCCCAUGACGCCACCCACCGGACAACACUCUCUCAGCCUCUCAGUGAGUCGGGAGGGCCCAAGGAGGUGGGGACUAGGGGAUGUCAGGUGGGCUCAGCUUGGCCGGGUGUGGUGCAGAAGGUGUUUAUGACUAUAUCACUCCUUCCCAGGUGCCUGUCCGGACCCUUGUGACUCGAGUGACCAGUGCCUCUGCCUCUUGGACAAGCUGUGCUCCUCUGGGUCCUGGAAGUGUAUGGUGGGCCCUGUCCCCACCUCCCCAGGCCCCACACCCCUCA